AUGGCUGUCCCGAGUGCCAGUCAUCUGGGGAACGACGAGAGUGGCAAGCUAGAAAGCAAUGGGGACUCAAGAGCUGGGAUGAGCGGGCCAGCUCCACAGACCACUGCAAGUACCAUAGUGAAUCCUUACUAUACGGGCAGACCACGCACGCCGGCCAACGGAAGCAGUCAUGCGCCUAUAGACAGGCAGGAGAUCAUCAGGAGGAUAAAGAGCCGAGAGUCAAGGCCGACGUCUCCGGAGCUGGAGAGACCAGCUUCUCGUACUUCGCUCAAGAAGCGGAAGUCAGAGUCCCCGGAACAGGAUGCCGGUAAUACUUUGGUAUCACGGCCGAAAACUCCAGAUUCUCAAGCACAAGACAACCACGCAAUUGGCCAACAGAUCGAGAGACCAAGGUCUGCGUUACAUCGUGGUGACUUCAGGGAGAAGCAGCAGUCCGUCACAGCAUUCGAGCGAUCCGGUGAUGCAGCCAGAGAUGAGCCGGCUCCUUCACUAUCGACAUCACCAGGAGCUCCUUGGCGGCCGGAUUUUCCAUCUGCUGCCUUUCGACAUGCUACACGACCGCUACAGUCGCCUCCUGAUCGUCCACCUGUUCGGCCAGCGAGAACUAGAGCAAUCUCGAACGCAUCUCUCGCAUCGAGCUUCAUUUACAAGCCUCCCACGAGUCCGCUUGUGCAAGCUUCAAGACCUGACACCCCCGAGCCGCCAGAGCGACGCAGUUCUCGCAGCCCUGACAAGUCUCGACGGCACACUUUUUCGCCUCAAUCUUUCCAGCGAUUCCAAUCGGCUCUCGAAUACCCCGCCACAGCUCGAAGUGGCGGUAGCAGACAGCCCCCUCUACGCGCCGAAAGGACGUUUCCGUACCAAGCACACCAACCCAGAAGAUCUCUCAAUUCCUUCCAAACUCUUCCCCCAACGCCAGGCCCUGGAUCACGGAGACCUUCGUUUUCAGAUUCGCCACUCCAACAUGCGGCUAUGGUCGGGUCGUACGAGGAGUCUAUUCUGAGGGGUCGGAUGUCUACCACGCCAUCUAAGCCGCUCAACUUUGUGGCCCAGAUUGGUGUGCUCGGGAAGGGCGACUGCAAGCCUAACUUGCGGUGUCCGCCUCACGUUACCGUACCUUUCCCGGCUGUAUUCUACAGCUACAGCUCGGGUGCCACCAGCACCGCGGACCAGCCAAGCCCAUACGUCGGCUUGGUGGACCUGGAGAACAAUCUAUCUGCUAUUACGAGCUCGCCUGACAAGCGAAGACAAGGACUGCAAGGCACACGUAGCAGCGAGGGCAGCCGUGCCAACUCUCGGACACGAGAGGAGAACUCGGCCUCAGAUGCACAAGCCAAGCUGCGAAGACGACAGAAGCAGAAGCGCCGCUCAAGAUCACCAAAGGCACCUCCUGGUGGCAGCUACCGCAUCCCACAGCAGGGCCAGCUGCAGAUCGUGAUCAAGAACCCCAACAAAACUGCUGUUAAGCUAUUCCUAGUACCUUACGACCUUUCGGAUAUGGAGCCGGGACAGAAAACCUUCCUACGACAGCGCAGCUAUUCGGCUGGACCGAUUAUCGACAUGCCACUCACUUCGAGAAAGAAUUUCGGCACAGAUCGGCCAGAAGCUUCGUUGAAUACGAGUGAUGAUCCAAAUGACCGGCCCAUGCUGCGCUACCUCAUUCAUCUGCACAUAUGCUGUCCUUCCAAAGGACGCUACUUCUUGUACAAGUCUGUACGGGUCGUGUUUGCCAAUCGAGUUCCUGACGGGAAGGAGAAGCUACGCAACGAGAUUCAGCUUCCUGAGCCGAGAUACAGCGCGUACAAACCUGGUCGAGAAUCGAAGGCCGGGCUAAUGGCGACGCCAAAGGACAAUGCUCGAAGAAGGAGUGCUAUCGAUCCGUCAAUCAUGUCGCCAGAUCCAAAUACCUCCGCCUGGACCCACAAUCGCCAGCUUACGGCUCAGUCUCUGCCUUCGACCGAGUACAACCCACACUUCAGCUUCCCCUCGCACGUCAGCACACUCCCCACGCUCGAGUCAAGGCCGCCCAGUCGGCAAUGGGGCGAAGCCAUGGACGUUGACGCCAGAGAGCAGCCGUACGACAAGCCUCAUUCGUCUUCGACAACUCCAAGCAGCAGUGCGCUCUCGCCCAUCAAGAGGCUGGAAAAUCCGUUCAACUUCGAGCGCGACCACAGCAGGGAGCGUCCGCAGGGAGGUCGGAGUGAGUCUCUGCUGUCGCGGCGGCUUAAGGAGUUUGCGCUUCAGGCGGAGGCCAGUGAGGAUACGUUUUGA